AUGCAGCCAGCAGCCUCAUCCCAAAUUCCUGAUCCCUGGAGGACAUCAGACCCCCUCUCCUACUGCAGUGUGGCCUGUGUGGCCUCGGCUCCCCUUCUGCUCCGAGGCCAGGAGAUGGCUCCACUGAACACACUGGGAGAUCACUUCUGUCACUCAGUGUCUAGGGGGCGGGACCUGGAGUACUAUCCAAUCAGAGACGCUGGGCGGGGCCGCGAGAACUGUCAAUCAGGCGCCCUGCAGGCUGGAGGAUGCGAGGUUGAAAAAGCCGGCGGCGUCUUCUCUGUCCCCUGCGCUCGGCUCCCUGCUCGGUCCCGCUGGAGCCUGUACUGGCAGCUGGAGGUGGAGGACUCAAUGAUCUUUGAGGAUGUGGCUGUGAACUUCACCCAGGAGGAGUGGGCUUUGCUGGGUCCUUCCCAGAAGAAACUCUACAGAGAUGUGAUGUGGGAAAUCAUCAGGAACCUGAUGUCUGUAGGAAUAAAAUGGGAAGACUGGAACAUUGAAGAUCAGUACAAAAAUUCCAGGAGAAAUCGAAGAAAUCAUAUGGCAGAGAGACUCUGUGAAUGUAAAGAUGGUCAAUGUGGAGAAACUUUCAGCCUGAUUCCAGAUGGUAUAAUGAACAAGAAGACUCUUCCUGGGGUGAAACCAUGUGAAAGCAGUGUGUGUGGAGAAGGCAACAUGGAUCAUUCAUCUCUGAAUUGCUACAUCAGAGCUGACACUGGACACAAAUCAUAUGAGUGUCAGGAACGUGGAGAGAAGCCACAUAAAUGUAAGCAGUGUGUGAAAACCUUCAGCUGCCUCCACUCCUUCCAAACACAUGAAAAGCCUCACACUGGAGAGAAACCCUAUGAUUGUAAGGAAUGGGAAAAAACCUUUGUUUCUCCCCAAACUGUUCGAAGAUACAGGGUCGUGCACAGUGGAGAUGGACCUUAUAAAUGUAAGUUUUGUGGGAAAGCCUUUGAUAAUCUCAGUUUAUAUCUCACACAUGAAAGAUCUCAUACUGGACAGAAGCCAUAUGAAUGUAAUGAAUGUGGGAAAGCCUUUGGUUUUCCCAGCUCCUUUCAUAGACAUGAAAGAACGCACACCAGGGAGAAACCAUAUGGAUGUAAGCAAUGUGGGAAAACCUUUAGUUGUUCCAGUUCCAUUAAAAAACAUGAAAGAAUCCACACUGGAGAGAAGCCCUAUGAAUGCAAGCAAUGUGGGAAAGCCUUCGCUUCUUCCAAUUCCUUUCAGUAUCAUGAAAGGACUCACACUGGAGAGAAACCCUAUGAAUGUAAGCAAUGUGGGAAAGCCUUUAAUUGUUCCAGUUCCAUUAGAAAACAUGCAAGAAUUCACACUGGAGAGAAACCCUAUAUAUGUAAACAAUGUGGUAAAGCUUUUAGAUUUCCCAGUUCUAUUAAAAAUCAUGAAAAGACUCAUACUGGAGAGAAACCCUAUGAAUGUCAGGAAUGUGGGAAAGCCUUCAGAUAUUCCAGUUCACUUCGAGUACAUAAAAGAAUUCACACUGGAGAGAAGCCGUAUGAAUGUGAGGACUGUGGGAAAGCCUUCAGUCAUCCCACGACCUUUCAUAGACAUAAAAUUACCCACACUGCAGAGAAACCUUAUGAAUGUCAGGAAUGUGGGAAAGCCUUCCGUUAUCCUGUUGCUUUUCGUAGACAUAAAAUUACCCACACUGCAGAGAAACUUUGAGUGUAAGGAAUGUGGGAAAGCCUUCUGUUAUCACAGUUCCCUUCAAAGACAUGAAAGGACCUACAAUGGGGAAAAGUUGUAUGGAUAUAAGCAAUGUAAAGCUGGCUGGGCGUGGUGGCUGACACCUGUAAUCCCAGCACUUUGGGAGGCCAAGGCAGGCAGAUCAUGAGGUCAAGAGAUUGAGACCAUCACGGCCAACAUGGUAAAACCCCAUCUCUACUAAAAAUACAAAAA